AUGAGUUUCAAUAAAGUUCUUUUAAUUAAAUCAAAUUCUGAUCUUGCUCAAAUCGACCACUUCUGUCGGCAAACCUCUGUUAAUGAACCUGCUAUUGUAGAUUUGAAUAAAAUAGAUUCGCUUCCAAUUUCCUCUUAUAAUUCAGUCUAUUCAAACCACCUUGGUCCCUUAUGUUCUGUUCAUUCCAACAAAUCACUUGUAAAGAUAGCUACAACUUUAUUGCCAGGAGGUGUAUUUUAUCUUAAAGAACCAGUUCUCGUUGAAGCACGUUCAGACGAUGCUUGGCCGGUUACUCGAACCAAGCAAGAUUUAACUCGCGAACUCAAACUUGCUGGUUUGGUAGACAUAGAAAUUCUUACAAAAAAACCUAUAUAUGAAGUAGGAACAUCUCUUGCUUUACCUUUCGCCAAAAAAGUUUCAAAUAAUAUCAAUAAUCAUAUCAAACCUGAUAAAAGCACUUUAAUUCGUCCCGAUUGUGAAACUAGUGGAAAGAGAAAGGCUUGUAAGAAUUGUUCAUGCGGUCUUGCAGAAGAAUUGGAGAAUGAAGAAAAAGCUGCUGAGCCUGUUGCUCCAACUUCUUCUUGUGGAAAUUGCUUUCUUGGUGAUGCAUUCCGUUGUUCUACAUGUCCAUACCUUGGCUUUCCAAAAUUCGCACCAGGAGAAAAGGUUGUUUUAGCGGGCAAUAUGAUGGAUGAUGAUAUAGAGGCAUAA